ACUCUCUCUCCCACUCUCUCUCUCUCUCUCUCUCUCUCUCCCCAGGUUCUCUCCUCCAUCCGGUCUCCCCUCCUCUGCUGUGCACCUGCUCCUCCCCCCCUGCCUUCUUAUCCUCAGACUCAGAGCAGCGCUCCGUCCUCGCCAAGUGAUGCUCCUCGGCGGCGCACAUCGGUGGCUUGUCACCGCCCGGCGCAGGGAGCACCGCGGCUGGUUUCUCCUCCUCUGGAAACAACGCUGAGGGACCGCACAACAUGGGCAUGUAACGGGGUUUGUGAGAGAGGGAUCCCAAGGAGAGUAGGACGACGAAGAAGCACUCAGGUCCCAUCCGAGGGAAGAGAGGGAGGAGGUGAAGGAGGAGGACUCCGGCGAGAGGGUCCCGGUGGGACGGGGGGAACGCACGCAACGGAAGGUUUUGUGCUCUGCAUAGUUUGAAAAUGGACUAAAGGCGCCUGUUUCUGUUGUUUGGUUGUAACAGAAUAGAAUCACGGGAUUUGAAGGAAAGGUUGUUGGAGUUGCGGCGGCUCGCGCGGUGCCUUUCUGUUUGCGAUGGAGUGAGUGAAAGAGAGGGCGCGCGGUAACUUCAGCCUCGCCAUGAAAUCAGUGUUUUUUAGCCGCUUCUUCAUCCUGCUGCCCUGGGUCCUUAUUGUCAUCAUCAUGAUCGAUAUGGACAGUAAAAGGGCGGUCCGGUCUCCAGCGGCCACUCGCACCGGCAGGGCGCAGCGGGCCGCCCGGAACGCUGACCCCGGUGUCGGUGGCGCCCAGAACCAGUCCGCUCUGCCGGUUAUUUACGCCAUCACUCCGACGUACACCCGGCCGGUGCAGAAAGCAGAGUUGACCCGUCUGGCCCACGCCUUCCGCCAGGUGCCCCGGUUCCACUGGAUCGUAGUAGAGGACUCGACCACGCGCACGGAGCUGGUGGCGCGCUUUCUGGCCCGGUGCGGCGUCCCGUACACACACCUGCACGUGUUCACUCCGCGCAGGUUUAAGCGCACCGGGAUGCCACGCGCCACCGAACAGAGGAAUGUGGCCCUCGCAUGGCUCCGGCAGCACCGGGGCACGCGGGACGCCGGGGUGGUUUUCUUCGCGGAUGACGACAACACAUACAGCCUGGAGCUGUUCGAGGAGAUGCGCAGUACUCGAGGGGUUUCUGUUUGGCCUGUGGGAUUUGUAGGAGGCAGAGCGUAUGAGCGUCCCCUGGUGUCUGGGGGUAAAGUUGUGGGCUGGUACACCGGCUGGAGACCGGACCGUCCCUUCGCCACCGACAUGGCAGGUUUCGCGGUGAACCUCCAGGUGAUCUUGGCGAACCCGCGGGCGCAGUUCAAGCGCCGCGGCUCCCAGCCGGGGAUGCAGGAGUCCGACUUCCUCAAGCAGAUCACAAAGGUCACAGAGUUGGAGCCCAAGGCCAACAAUUGCACCCGGGUGCUGGUUUGGCACACCCGCACAGAGAAACCACACCUUGCAAAUGAGCCCAAACAUCGGAAAGACACUGUGGUCAUUGAGGUGUGAGAGGAAGAGCCGAGCAGCGGAUCCAAAACCAGAAUCUGAUGUGUCUGCCCAUCAUCUCUUGGCUGGGACUAACGGCAGCUCCGUGCUUUCUCUCCUUAUGGGCUGGACACAAUCUGUUCACCAUGGACACAGACUCUGAGGAGCUGCAUGAUACAAGACUUCUGGCCGUUGGUCAAACGAGCUUUGGGAGAAGUGGACAACACUGAAUCUGUUCCUUUAUAAACUGGAAUGACUUGGCCUGUUCAUUUCCUCCAUAUAUGGCUUGUUGAUAUUGAAAACUAAAGUGUAAAUGUAAAAAAUAUUAUGUUGCUGAAGUGCCAUGUUAAUACUUGUCUUUGUCAAUGUCAUUUUAACCAUUAAUACGUCAUUGUCAAAUUAACUCUGGGUUUGAGAUAUGAUUAGCAUACAAACAGGUCUCUUGGUACAGAUAUUGGCUGCACAGUAUCUUUUGGCAAUGGUAGAACUUACAAUGCUUAUGUUUUUACUGCUGAUUGAUACAAAUGUCAUGGCUGUGCAUUAAGUACGUAGCUGAUAUCAGGAUGCUGUUAGCGUGAAGCGCCUCUAGAAGAAAGACUAACUAUCUAUGCUAGCAGGAAGCUUGCUUGGUAGUACUGUAACUUGUUUGGCAGGACUGUAACUAGCUAGGUUAGCACAAAGCUAGCUGUGUCCAGAAAGACUGUAUCCAGCUAGCCUGGCCCUCUUUAAGUUCAAGAAUAUGCCUACCACAUAUUAUCACACGUUAUCUCAUUUAUUUAACCUGAAAAUAAGCAGAAAUGCCAAACUGAUAAUUUUGUGGUUUUAGGGUAAACUGCGUGGUGUAACGAUUUCUUCGGUAAUAGCAGCUGGGCGCGGCACAGUUAUAUUGACAUUCUACGCAGGGGCAGACUACUGACGGAAAAACUGCUGUUCCCCUAGAACACGCGAAACCCCUGUUAAAUCUAUGGGCCAGGCAGUAGUUUUUUUCACUUUGUCCACCUUUUAAACAAACUGGAUACAAUGUGUUAAUUAGCUUUAAAUGUGUUGCAAGGUGUAUUCUGAACUACAGAGAACCAAGCUAAAAGCCAACAGAAGCAGCUAGAUGUCCCAGCUCGUGUCUUUGUCUAAAUUAAUCACAUUCAUGUCUCAAAGUUAAUAUGGUAAUAAUGUAUUGAUGCAUAAAUGAUAUGUAAAUCUCCUUUACAUCAUCCUGAACUGACCAUAUGUAGAGAACUGGAACAACCUCU